AGUGGGGGCGUGUCAGGGGUUUGCCACCAUUGAUGCAUGUGGUAUACAACAAAGACUUUCACUUGACUUCCAUAAAGCCUAGGAUAUCCUUCUAUCGAGCCUAAAACGCUUCUUUCAAGACAGAACAAGAUGUCUACUUACCCUCACUUUGGUACUGAUGCUAUACACGCUGGCCAGGAUCCAGACCAAUGGAGCUCCAAGGCUGUGGUACCCCCUAUCGUCAUGUCCUCAACCUACAAGCAAAGAAUACCUGGACAGCCAGAUCCAUACGAGUACUCGAGGAGUGCCAACCCAACUAGAGGAGUGUUUGAGAGGUGCAUUGCAGCUCUAGAGGGAGCAAAACACGGCAUUGCCGCAGGCUCUGGAUUGGGUGCUACCACUCUCCUAUGCCAGCUGCUGAAAUCCGGAGAUCAUGUGAUUGCAAUGGACGACUGUUAUGGAGGUACCUAUCGUUUCUUCACUGCGAUAAUGUCCAAGUAUGGUAUAGAGUGUGACUUUAUUGACCUCACUGACAUCUCACUGAUGGAGAAAACCAUCAAGCCCAACACAAAGAUGAUUUGGGCCGAGUCUCUGACCAACCCCACUCUCAAGUACACUGACAUUGAGGCCGUCGUGAAACUCUCAAAGAAAAACAAAGACUGUAUUGUGGUGGUGGACAACACGUUCAUGACCCCCUACUUCCUGCGGCCGCUGGAGCUCGGGGCAACCAUCGUCUACCACUCCGUCACUAAGUACCUCAACGGACACAGUGAUGUCAUGAUGGGUGCCGUCUGUACCAACGAUGAUGAGUUGGGCUCUAAGCUGAGAUACUUCGCAAAUGCCUGUGGUACUGUGCCCAGUCCAUUUGACUGUUUCCUUGCCAACCGUGGCAUGAAGACACUCCAUGUGCGUAUGAGGGAACAUCAAAAGAAUGCCACAGCUGUCGCCCAGUUUCUGGAGACCUCUCCAUAUGUGGAGAAGGUCAUAUACCCCGGUCUCCCCUCACACCCACAGCACGAGCUGAUGAAGAAGCAAGCCAAAGGAUUCAGUGGCAUGGUCACCUUCUACAUCAAGGGAAAUCUUCAGAAGUUCUUUGAUGCUGUCAAGGUGUUCACGCUAGCUGAGAGUCUCGGAGGAUUUGAGAGCUUGGUGGAGCACCCAUGGAGUAUGACGCACGCGUCCAUUCCCAAGGAGAAGAGAGAGGCCAUUGGAGUGCUGGACACUUUGGUCCGUGUCUCUGUUGGAUUAGAAGAGACUGAAGAUCUUGUUGCAGACUUGGAACAAGCACUAAAGGCAAGCCAAUAGUCUGCUUGAAGCAAGCUCGUCAAAAAGACUUUACUGUAGCUAGAACUCGAUUAACUGACUUUAAGUCAGAUUGCUUUUGGUGUGCUAUUUAUUGCUGCUUGCAUUGAAGAUGUUAUAAUAAUUAUAUUCUUAUGAAAAA